AUGUAUAAAAUAAGUGAUGAUGAUAUUCUGUCGCCUGUCUCUUCGUUCGUUGUCAUUACUUGUCAUUGUCAUGUACAUCGAUAUUUUCAAAUCUUUUAUGAAAAUUGGAUCGACGUCAAACAAACGAUGGGAAUGGAGAAACCAAAUGGCAGAAAUAAGAAGAAGAAUCAAUCAGUAGCAGCAACAGCAGCAGCAGCAGCAACAGCAGCAGUAGUAACGACCAUCAUCAGAGAGAGUAAUGAUUUACCGCCGAGUUGGUUGAAUUUGAAGACAAGCACAUCUCCAUCUCCAAAGAGAAUAAUUCAAAUAGACAAAAGACAACAACACGCAACAUCAUCCAAUCAGUUAGUCAGUCAGUCAUUAGUAAUAAUUAAAAAGAAAAUAGGGUCAUACACAUUCAACACCAAUCUAUUACGUCUAUCUAUCUAUCUAGAGUUAAUUUGA